AUGGCCAGCAAAGCAGACGCCGCCGGACAGGCCUUUGGCCCCGUCCUAGCAGCGGUCGCUACGAUGCAAGGCAAUGUCCCGCGCUCAGAGAAAGCUCACGCCCAUGAGUUCCUUGAGAAAUUUCAGAAAUCCGUCGAAGCAUGGACUAUCACCCAUGAGAUGUUACAGUCACCAGAUGUCCCGGUAGAGGCCAAGCUGUUCGCCGCGACGACGUUGAAGGGAAAGAUUAUGUUCGAUCUCGAUCAAUUGCCUGCGGAGUCAGUAGUCGCUUUGAGGGAUUCAGUGCUUAAUCUCCUGGUAGCUUUCGGUUCGGGGCCCCGACCGAUCCAAACACAGCUUUGCGUCUGUCUAGCCAGCCUUGCGAUCCAGAUGAUCGAGUGGAAGGACGUCUUGGUUACUGUUGGCUCUUCACUCGGAAGCAGCGCCGGCGACUGCGUGCUGGAGUUUCUCAGGAUCCUCCCGGAAGAAGUGACGGAGGGGCGCAAAAUCAAUCUAUCUGAAGAUGAACUCACACUGAGGACCAAAGAACUGCUGGAGGACAAUGCUGAGCAAGUCAUGCAUCUCCUGAUUCAAUACGCUCAAUCUUCCCCCGCCGCUUCUACGAACCCCCGUCUUCUCGAUUGUAUAACAUCCUGGAUGCGCGAGAUUCCCGCCGCGAAGAUCGUGGAAUCGCCUUUGAUGGACGUCAUUGUGAAAGCUCUGGAUGACGACGCAUCGUUUGACGCCGCUGUCGAUAGCAUGUGCACUCUGUACCGAGACACCCGCGAAGUGGAUGAUUCCCUACCUCUCAUUCAGGCCUUGUUCCCACGCGUUAUGUCACUUCGCCCUAAGAUCGCCGAGUUCGCCGAAGCGGAAGAUACGGAAGCGUUCCGGGGCAUCACGAGGUUAUUUGCCGAAGCGGGUGAAGCAUGGGUGGUCCUGAUGGCGCGUAUGCCUGCGCAGUUCCGCGAGCUUGUGGAAGCGGUGCUGGAGUGUUGUGCGCGAGAUUGGGAGCGCGAUGUCGUUUCCAUCACGUUCGUCUUCUGGUACGAGCUGAAACAAUACGUCACGUUGGAACGAUAUGCCGAGUCGCGGGCCGUCUACAGCGACAUCUUCUCAAAAUUGGUGGAUAUCAUGAUCAAACAUCUCGAGUACCCGCGCCCGGAGGACGGAGAAUCCGAUCUAUUCGGAGGUGACCGAGAGCAGGAAGAAAAGUUCCGACAGUUCCGGCACUCGAUGGGGGAUGUCCUCAAAGACUGCUGUGUUGUUAUAGGCGUUGCAGAGUGUCUGUCCAAAGCGUACCAGGUCAUUCAGCACUGGAUUUCUCAGUACGCCUCCCAGUCGACGGACGAGCACGUCCCGAACUGGCAAGAACUCGAGGCACCGCUUUUCAGUUUGAGAGCGAUGGGCCGCAUGGUCGAUCCGGAAGAAAGCGCGGUCUUGCCGCAGGUCAUUCCUCUGAUAGUUCAGAUUCCGAACCAAGAGAAGGUCCGGUUCCAGGCUAUCAUGGCGCUUGCACGCUACACCGAAUGGACAGCGCAGCACCCAGAGACACUUGAGGCACAGCUCAACUAUGUCAUUUCUGGCUUCCAACACAGUUCCGUGGAGGUCGUUCAGGCUUCUGCCUUGGCUUUUAAGUUCCUGGGAACGGAUUGCCAGAAACUCCUCGGAGGACACAUCGCACAGCUGCAUUCAUUCUAUGAGUCUGUCAUUGACAAACUGAAGCCAAGCAGUCAGGAGGAAGUGACAGAGGGUGUAGCGGCUGUUGUGGCCGUGCAGCCGCUAGAGAAAAUCUACGAGACCAUGAAGAUGUUCUGUGAUCCUAUCAUGGCGCGCAUCAUGAACCUUGCAAAUAAUGCCAAGGAUGAACAGGGCCAGCGCGCUGUUGCUGAUCACUUGCAGUUGAUUACCAUAUUCAUCCUAGUAGUCAACCCGUAUGUGGCCUCAGACCAAGAAAACCCGGCAGUGAAGUACUGUGGCGAGGUUUUACCCAUCACGACCACACUCGUCAUGAAUUUCACAAACUCAACGCCUAUCCUGGAGCGGGUAUGUCGCUGCUGGAGAAACAUGAUCAUCAGCUACAGAACUGCCAUGAGCCCCCUGCUGCCAACGCUCGCCCAGAGUCUCGCCAGUGGAUUCGAGGUUUCUCGUGAAGGAUGUUUCCUAUGGGCCACCGAUGCCGUGGUGCGAGAGUUCUCCGAGGGAGCAGAGUAUGUUGACCCCGCAACGAGUCGAGCGGUAUUCCAGUUCUACGAACAACAAGCGACAGCUUUCCUACGCACUCUAAACGACCUGCCCCCAGAGAACCUCCCCGAUGUAAUUGAGGAUUUCUUCCGCCUUUCUUCCGAUGCCGUCCGAUUCUAUCCUAAGGAGUGCAUCAGCUCGUCACUUGCAGUGCCGAUUUUCUCGGCUGCACUCAGCUCCCUUACCCUACAGCAAAUUGACCCGCUUAUGGCGACCCUGCAUUACUACCACGACCUCUUCAGUUUUGCGUUUGACAAGCCAGCCGUGUCUAGUUUUACCGCGCCAGAUGGAAAGACUUACUCCAACCCACCAGAGGUCCAGGAAGCUGUGAAACAGCUGAUCGCAUCCCAAGGACCAGUCCUAGUUCAGCGCAUCCUCACCGGGAUGAUGUUCACCUUCCCCGGAGAGUGCUUCCCUGACGCCUCAAGUCUCAUGAUGUCCAUGUUCGAAUUAAUGCCUCCAGAAGCAGGUAGCUGGGUGCAGUCGACUCUGCAGAUGCUCCCCCCGGGUACGAUGAAGGCGGGAGAAGCGGAACGGUUGCUCAAGGGAAUUUCUGACAAGGUUCAGUCGGGAGAGACACGAAAGAUCCGCGCUCUCCUCCAAGACUUUACCAACUCCUACCGCCGUCGGAAUGUGGCCCCGAGAGAAGGUCUAGGGCGGCUGGAAGCCACGCGGUUCCGGUUCAGCGGGUAG